AAUAGCUAGGUAUUGGAGAUAUAUAUAAAAACAAGAUGUGAUCACAAUUCAUUUUUCUUUUCUUCUUUAGGUUAAAUAUAAAUAAUUCUUUUAACUUCUUCAUAUAAUAUAGAUUCCAGGUCAUUCUUCAUUAUGUUGCUAGAACUAUGACAUCUUGAAACCUUGUGAUGAUUCUUGACCAUUCCAUUGAUUAUCCAACUGUAAUGUAAUACCCCUUUCUCAUAUGGACAUUUUAUUUAUUUAAAGGGGCAGAUAAAGGACAUAUGUGAGAAAGAAAGAAGCAGCUUGUGGAGAAAUAUAAACUGUUUGGAGAGGAUCUGGAAAGAAAAACCCAGCUCUUUAGUACCUGGAGCCACAGUUUUGAGAAAAUCCCAGUGAAAGCAGACUUCCAGAGUCAUUAUUUCCCAGCAGUUAACUUACAUAUAACUGUUUUUAGAACUUGGGAAUUUAUUGCUGGGAAAUUCUGAAUCAAAGAACUGUUUGGGGACCAUGGAUUGUAUGACAAAUUUAGAUUUUCAGUUUUUCAAACUAAUAUAGAAAUAGGUCAUAACACAUGAAUAGGCACUGAUUUGAGACAGGAGAGACAAAUAUGCCAGAAAAUUUAAAAUUAAAGCUGAGACAUCAGAAGCUAGGAAAAGCAAAGCCGUCAGAAAUUGCUAUGUCAAGCCAACCUGACAUGGCAAGGUUCUGCAGUUGAAACUGGGAGCUGAACUGACUGGAGAAAAGAUCUGCUUGAAGCUGGAGAAAAUAAAAUCCUUUGAUGUAAAGUUCUCUAGUACUACCUUAGUUUUAGAGAAGGGACACCAAAAAGAGCUUAUCACUGUUUCAGUGGCCAGAAAGUGGUAGUGAAACAAUUUUUAUCGAAUAGGAAAGUAGAGGCCCAGUGGUGGAAUGUUUCCAUUAUCUUACAGGUAAAGCAAAGUUCAGAUUGUUCCCAAGACUAAAGACAUAAAAAGCCUACCAUCCGGAGUUGCUAGUUGCUAUGGUUUCUGCUUUCUCUAAGUUUGUGCCUACUGUUUCCCAAAGACAUUUCUGUAUCGGUGGGAAAAUGUGAUUCAAGUUUAUAGAUUUAUAGGUUAUAUUUUGUAAGUUCUGUAUUGGUGGAAUAAUGUGGCCUAAAUAUCAUGGUAUGAUUAUUACUAUUUUGUCUUCUACUAGUAAAUAUUUUAUGAUUGUGAUUAAGAGUGAAUGGUGGCCAAUUUGUUUAAAUGUAAGACACUGGGUGGUGAACUGUGAACAGAAGACAUAUGUCUCCAUAGCAUGAUUGUUCUUAGGCCCUGAAAGUAAGUUGUACCAAUAUGGUCACAAUAUUUGUUAAACAUUUCCCAAUUCCGUUUUCAUUCAGUUCAGUCUUUAUUCAACUCCCAGUUGAAUAUCUGACACUCUAUUACAAUGAGAAAUGAAGGGCCUUAUAAAAGGCCACACAGCUAGUAUAUGUCAGAAAUAAGACAUAAUUAGGUUUUACUGUCUCUAAGGUCAACUAUUUUUACUACAACAUGCUAUCAUGACCAUAACAGAAAAUUACAGAAUAUAAAGGAAGUUAUUUACCUUAGAUAUAACAAAUAUGAGAAUUCAGGAAAAAACAGGAAGAUUUAAAAUUAUACACAGUAAAAUAAAUAGAACCAUAUGCACGAUCAUGAUAAAGUACAAUAAAGAAUAAUACAAAACUCAAUGUUGCCUAAUUAUAAUGCUCAAUUUGGGACCCAGGGAAAGGAUCAGAAAAUUAUUUCUGAAAAAGUGUAUGUGUGUCUAAGGAUAAGAAAUAUUUUAUAAACUUGUCAUAUAUGGUUGAUGUAUUGUUUCAUUUUACUAUUUUAAAAAGCCUUUGUUACAAGGGACAAAGUCAAAGUCUUAUUAGUCCUAUGUCCAUUAUUAUUAUUCUUGUUCAUUACUGAGGUCAAAAGCAGCUAGAAUUUAGCCCCAGCUCUGUUGCUGAUUAUGCCCCCAUAUAGCUUUCUAGGCACUCCAUCACCUAGCUGGCCCUCCUCCCAAUGGGUUUCUUAAAUUUUUUUGAGUUUUUGUGUGGAUCCCAGGGCUUCUUGGCCUCUCAUUUUUGGGUUCAACUAUUAUCUCUAUGCAGAUGUCUGUCAAACUGAUCUAUCUAGAUCUUUAUGUCACUUACAAUUGUUAUAUUCAGUCCCAUAGCACCAAUUAUCUACUGGAUAGCUCCAUCUGGAUAUCUCAUUCAUCUCAAUAUCAACAUGUCCAAAAUGAAAUUCAUUCCCCUCUCCUCCCAACCUGAACUAUAUUUCCAACUUCCUUAUUGGUCUCACCUCCAACUUUCACAAAUAAACAGUUACCAAUCAAUCUUUCUACUCUUUCUUCUUAUAGCACUUCUAUAAUUCCAGCACACAGUGCUUUUCAUCUUGAUUAAUAACUUCCUACCUGGUCCUCCCUCAAGUCUCUAUAUGGCUGUCCAAUAAAAAUUCCUAUGAAUUUAAAUCGCAUCACAGUUUAAUUACAUUCUAGUAAUACUUAUAUUCCAUCUCCUAUCUUGGUGAUUUUUGUAUAGGUUUUUCCAAACCUACCUUCUUCCAAGGGUCAGCUCUGGUGCUAUUUACUAAGCAGCAUUUGUUGAUUAACUCAGUUAUUACUUCUUUCUCCCCAUCCCCAAUUACAUAUAUUUUGUUUAAUAGCGUUUUAUUUUCAAAAUACAUGCAAAGGUAGUUUUCAGCAUUCACCCUUGCAAAACCUUGUGUUCCAAAAUUUUCUCCCUUCUUUCUACUUUCCUCCUCUAGACAGCAAAUAAUUUAAGUUAAACAUGUAUAAUUCUUUUAAACAUUUCCACAUUUAUCAUGCUGCACAAGAAAAAUCAGAUCAAAAAGGGGGGAAAAAAGUAAACAACAACAAAAAAGGUGAAAAUACUGUGUUAUGGCCCCUAUUCAGUCCCCAUAGCCCUCUUUCUGGAUUCAGAUGGCUCUCUCCAUUACAAAUUUAUUGGAACUGGCCUGCAUCUCUUCACUGUUGAAAAGAGCCAUAUAUAGCAGAACUGAUCAUCACAUAAUCUUGCUGUUGCUAUGAACAAUAUAUUCUUGACUCUACUCACUUCACUCAGCAUCAGUUCAUGUAAGUCUCUCCAGGUCUUUCUGAAAUCAUCCUCCUAAUCAAUUCUUAUAGAAGAAUAAUAUUUCAAAGUAUUCCUAUACCAUAACUUAUUUAGCCAUUCUCCAACUGAUGAGCAUCCACUCAGUUUCCAGUUCCUUGCCACUACAAAAAGGGAUGUCACAACAUUUUUUACACAUGUGGGUCCCUUUCUCUUUUUAUGAUCUCUUUGGGAUAAAGACUCAGUAGAGACACUGUUGGAUCAGAAGUAUGCAUAGUUUUAUGACACUUUGGGCAUAGUCCCACAUUGUUCUCCGGAAUAAUUGGAUGGGUUUACAACUCCACCCAUGUAUUAGUGUCCCAAUUUUCCCAUAAACCCUCCAACAUUUAUCAUUACUUUUUCCUGUCAUUUUAGCCAAUCUGAAAGAUAUAAAGUGGUACCUCAGUGUUAUCUUUAAUUUGCAUUUCUCUAAUCAAUAGUGAUUUAAAGCAUUUUUAUUAUGACUAAAAAUGACUAAUUUCUUCAUCUGAAAAUUUGUCUGUUCAUAUCCUUCGACUAUUUUAUCAAUUGGAGAAUGGCUUAUUACAUAUAUUUUAUAUUGACCUAAUUGGGUACUGGUUGUUUACCUUCACUAUUUUACUUUUGUUUAUCUCUAACAUUCAGCAUGGAGUCUGGUACAUGGAAGGCACUUAAAGGCUUGUUGAAUUAAUCUUCUCAUCUAUAAGGUUAUACAAACUCAUACUAUACUAUAAGAUCAUGCUACCUCAUAGGAUUGUUGUGGAAAAAGCACUUUGUAGAACCCCCCAAAUUAAAUAUAACGUUAAAAGUGCCUUUACAAUUCUACAUAAAUAGAUGCCAUUACACUUGAUUCUAACGACAAACAAACCUUGAGAAGCAAUGAGAGGUAAGUGGCCUCCCCUUUUACAGGAGGAAAAGAGAAAUAAAGUGAUUAAUCCAAGUUCACAUAGUUAAGUGGCUGUGCUUCCAUCGUGCUUACCUCAACACCCAGUGCAAUACUUUCCUAUUUACCGACUUUCUCACUAUAUCUAACGAUUCUAGAAAAAGGAACAUUCUGAUCUUGCCCAAAUAAGUUUUUAUUCCCAUCUCUAAAAUGAGAGGGAAGACAAAAACAUGUGGGAGGAUAGGCUAGUUAAUUUCCAAAUAACAUUUUAACCCGGACUAUUCAUUAGGGAAGUACAUCCUCCUCUGCAGUAUUCACCUAGGCUCAUAGGAGCCUUGAUUCUUACAACUUAAAGAACUAGUGUGGUGAUAAGAAUACUAGACCCGAAUCCCAGUCCUGCGUGGACUUGGGCAAGUCCCGUAAUCGCUUGGACUGCGAAGGUCCCUGCCAGCUCUGAAUCCCAAGCUCAGUGCAUCCACUUCACCCUUCCAGCUGAGCUCGUCUAAACCUGGGACUCCUCAGCCUAGCACCGGCUAUUACAUUAAGUAUCCCCCAGGUUUCCCGAGGCGCACGAGGGGGGGCGGGGCCUGCUGGGGGGAGGUCGUUUCCGAGGUCAGGUUCAGGUCUCCCUCUCCCCGUGUCAGGUUGGCUGGCUCGGCGGGGCGGGCCCGGUCCGCACUCCAACAUGGCGGCUGCGGCGGCUUUAAGUGGAUUUAAGCGCAACAUGCGGGCCGAGAUGAAGCAGCGGCUGCGGGCGCUCAGCGCCGAGGAACGGCUCCGUCAGUCCCGUCUGCUGACAGAGAAGGUGAUUGCUCACAGUAAAUAUCAAGAGUCUCAGAGAAUUUCAAUCUUUCUAAGCAUGCAGGAUGAAAUUGAGACAGAAGAAAUUAUCAAGGAUAUUUUUAAACAAGGCAAAACAUGUUUUAUCCCUCGAUACAAAUUCAAGAGUAAUCACAUGGAUAUGGUCAAGUUAUUUUCAGCUGAAGAAAUUUUUUCACUUCCCAAAACUUCCUGGAACAUUCAUCAGCCUGGUGAUGAUGAAGUACGGGAGGAGGCUUUGUCCACAGGGGGUUUGGAUCUCAUCUUCAUGCCAGGUCUUGGAUUUGACCAACAGGGAAACCGCCUGGGAAGGGGGAAGGGAUACUAUGACACUUACCUGAAGAGAUGCUUCCAACACCAAAAAAGAAGACCUUACACAAUUGCUUUGGCUUUCAAAGAGCAGAUCUGUGAUGCAGUGCCAGUGGGAGAAGAUGAUAUGAGAAUAGAUGAAGUGCUCUAUGAAGACAGAUAAAUGAAUGAUCUGGGUUUUGUACUCGAGUCAAGUAAAAUGUAUUUCUUUUCUCCUAUCCAGAAAUCAUUUGCAGCUCUACCAUGGUAGGACCAAGAACUGGAUUAGCUUUGGUGUAAUUAGAAAGAAUAUAGUAUGAAAUAUUAGUUAAAAAUCUUGUGAAUGAGAGAAUAAUAGUUAAAAGUGAACAUUUCAUUUAGUGAUUUUUCUUUCUAAUUUCCUGGUGUUAAAAUGAUAAUUUUAUAUCUCCUUUGAAAUGUAAUUUAUGAAUGAGAUUCUGUGGUCCACCUUGCAUGAUGAAGAGAAUUUAAAUUCAUUUAGAGCAAGAAUUGUACUGUCUUAUAACAUGUCCUUUAAUGGCUUUGCUUCAAAUCCUAGGACACAUAGGAAGUUUUGAUAAAUAUUAAUUGCUUUGUUGAUGUUUCUUUCUGGUUCAGACUUUAGGGAGGGCAAAUAAUACUCAUCAUGACUCUAUUAAUCCUCUUCUUUGUUUACCCGACUUGAAAUUUUGUGUUAAACACUUCAUAGCUUUUGUGGGCUAAAGUGAUGAAGUGUGCAACAGAAAUUGCUCAUUGGUUUUGCAGUGUAAUACUAUAAUUCACCAUGAUUAGCCCCUAAAUGCCUCAUUAUAGGAAAGUUACAUGUUAGUAUCCCUAGAUUCUAAUGCCAAGUUCUGAUGUUACAUCAAUUAUAAACUCAGCUUCAUUUAUUUGGGGUUUCUGACUUAAAAUUAAAAUUUGUCUUAGGUUGAAAGUUGGCCAAUUACUUUUCCUCUGGGGAACAUCAUUUUUUUUUUUUUUGUGGCAACAACUUAAAAGUGGCAUUAUUUGAAUAAUUUGUUCAUAAUAGCUUAGAGGAUUAUAUGUAUUUUUAGAUUUCAAGUAGGCUGCAGGAGAACCUCUUCCUUAAAGAAAGGAAGGUAGAAAUAACAACGCUAAGAACAAGGAAGGUGUGGGGUAAGAGGGGAAUUAUCUAGGCUCUAUAAGAACAAAUAUUAUGUUGGUUAAAAAAAAGUGACAAAAGUAAUAUUUUGAAUUACUUUGACUAUAAAUAUCCAUGUUAAAUAUAUGUAAUUAUAAAGUUUCAAUAGUGGUGCUUUUUUAUAAUUAAAACAUUGUCAGAUAAACUUUUUGCUAUAGACUUUGAUCUGGAUUUUUCAUUGUUGGAAGGUUUUUUCUUUUUUUACAUGAAAUCAUGAAUCUAUUACUUAUAAGUUGCACUAAAAAUAUAAUAAAUCAAACACAUUCAUUUCAAAGUUA